UAAAAAUUGAUGAAUGUCCAUUUUUUAAAAACUUAUGCUGUGUUUGUUUGCAGUCGUGAGAUUUGAGGCAAACCUUAUUUAGGCAUCACAGAAUUGAAGGUGCGGUGUCCUGUGUAAAAACAAUUGAAUCUGAGUCUCCAAGUUAAGGAUCCAAAGCCACUGCAGGUUAGUCCCGAGUUGUGAACGUGGCCUCACCCCUCGCACAUGAAUUCCUCAGGUUCCCCAGCUUUGGUAGUGACGACCACGCCUACCCCCAACUUCUGGGCACCGAAAGAGGGCCACACACCGGACAUGCUGUGUGGGCAGGGGGCCGACUACAUGGUGGACACCGCCUACUUCCCCGUGCUGAUCUUUGCCAUCCUGGCUGUGGGAGGGUUUCUGAAGGCAUACUUAAGGAACUCGGAAGUCCUAGUCCUGUGUCUGCUCUCUCUGGCGGGACUGGCCAUAGGGCAGCUGGCACAAAAUGUGAUUGAGGUGCACCAGGUGAUCUACCCCCUUCUCUUGUCACCCAGCUUCUCGCUGUUCUGUUACUUUGCACCUUUAAUUAUAUUCCUGGCGGCUCUGGAUGUGGACUUCCACUUCCUCAGGAAUGUGCUGUGGCAGGUCUUGUUGGUUGGAUUGAUCAGUUUCCUCACAGCAUUCACCAUCCUUUUCGUUGUGGUGAUAAAAUACAAUAAAGAACUGUGGGAUACGCAGUCUUCUAUACUCUUUAGCAUGGUGCUCAGCAUUACAGACCCGAUGCUUUCGGUGAAGUCGCUGAAAAAUAUUGGUAUUUCCAAGACACAUAUGGAUAUCAUUUCAGGAGAAUCAUUGGUCAUGUGUGGCUUAGCCACCAUUUUAUUUGGGAAUUUCCGGAGCAACAUACCUAACUUAUCGAUGCUAAGAGAGUCCCAUGUAAUCAUCUCUCUCUUCCUGAGCGUCCUGGGCAGCAUAAUGUGUGGAGUUUGGGCCCUGAAAGUCAUCGAGUUCGUCCUCAUGCACCACUUCAGCAACACGCUGACGACCAUCGUUCUCUGCUUCUCCAUGGUGUACAUGACUUUCUAUGCAGUGGAACUUCUGGGAAUGUCCGGUUUGGUGGCUGUCAUGACAAUUGGACUGAAACUGGAUUCCUUAAGCUUUAAACCAAAGAUGGAGUUAAUAAUCACCAGGUUCCUGGUGAUAUUCACCUCUGCGUACCAACAUUUGAUAUACGCCUUCUUUGGCAUUGUAGUCGGAUGUGGAGAAUUCACGUACAUAGAACUUUAUGUCCUAGUGUUCGUCUUCAUCUUAUUUACAACAGUGAAUUUUGCAAGGCUGUUCACAGUGGUGCUGGUGAGCCCGAUCCUGGGUCAUCUAAGCCACGAGUAUAACUGGAGGUGGGCGAUUGUGAUCGCGUGGUCUGGGACCAGAGGGGCCGUCAGCCUUCUGCUGGCGCCUGACGUCUACAACCUGUCUGAAGAUAAGGUCGACAACCCACAAAAGUUCAUAUUUUACAUACAAGUCGUGACGUUACUGACGAUGGGAAUCAACGCCCACAUGACGAUCUACUCGGCCAGGUCCUUAGGACUGUGCACCAUCUCCCUCCCGAGGCGGAUGGCCAUCCAGAAUGUCGUGAGACACAUCCAGGAGAUCAUCAGGAACACGAUCACCUUAAGUAAAACAGAGAAGAUUUUGACCAACGUGGACUGGACCCUCGUGGAAGAGAAGACGCAGAUCGAGUAUGACAUUCCUACUAACACGCCUGCCGUCCCGUCCACCACCCAGCGUGAGGCGCCCAUCGAAGACAUUUUAGUGGAAGAAGUCGGGCUGCACAUAGCUUUCAUACAAAUGAGCAGUUUUGAGAAACAGUGCAGCAAUGGAAUCCUCGGCCAAGAGGCAGGCCGGAUAUUAAUCGGGGCCACCAAGACUUACUGCACCAAUAAAGGAAGUUUCAUGAGCAUUUAUGAUGUCUCUACGUACGUCAGAAAGAAAAGCUGGGUGAUGAAGUUCAAAAAAUAUUUAAUUCUGUUGGAAUAUGAGAAGGAGAAGCCGCCUCUUCACCUCUACGGGAAAAAUAAGCUCAUGAUUCUCAUCUACCGAAUCUUAUUUUCGGAGGACUUUGAAUAUGCAGAACACGCCAUGAGACUAAUUUACAUUUAUCCUUUAGCAGUGCAUAUGUGGCCAAAGACGAGAGAGCUGAGUGUCAGAGCACUGAUAGUAGUGAACUAUUAUUUUGUGACUCUCUUUGUUGCAGAAUCAGUUUUGAAGAUCAUCAUUCUGCAAAAGAAAUAUUUUCAGAACUACUGGAACAUAGUGGAGUUUGCCAUCAUGCUGCUCUGUGUCCUGGACCUGUUCUGUGUGUAUUUCGUCACUCUGAGGCCAGGAAACUGGGCUCUUAUUCAGUUGACCGUGAUACUGGGGUACAUGAGGUUCCUGCGGCUUAUUCCUUUAAUCAAGAUGCUGAUCCCUGUGCUCCUCAGUGUCGUGGACGAGCUGAUCAAGAAGCGCCUCAGCCUGAUGUACUGCAUCACCAAGGGCUACGUUAAAGCCCAGGACGACACCCAGCUCCUCGUCAAACGCAUUUUCAGCCAGGAGUCAGUCAACGAGAAAUUAUACAAGAUUCUGGAAGACAACAAGCAAGCCGCGGUUAACGAACUCUGGUUCAUCGAGCGCGAGUGUCGCGACAUUGUCAUGGCCCUCAAGACGCGGCACGCCAUCCUCACGGUGAUCACCAAAGCCCUGAAGAACCUCACCUUCCUCUGGUCCAGGGGCAUCAUCGGCAAGCACGAGGGCGUGGAGAUGAACAAGGUACUUCUCUCAAAACUCAAAGACCUGAACAACUUCCCCAUGACGAUCCCACCCCCGACGCUGGACAAAUUCCUCCGGAAUAUCGUUUGGAUGGAAAACAAGGACGUUCUCAUUGAGUUUUUCAAGCAAAGAGCCAAGAUCGUCUAUUACGAAUAUGGUGACACCAUUUGCAAAGAAGGCGAAAUGCCACAGGGAAUCUACCUGAUCAUUUCAGGACUGGCAAUCCUGUACAGCUCGUCCCCUAGCUUUGGCGUGGACACCAGCAUCAGGUCCACCCGCCAGUCCCAAACCAUGUUCACGGAGUACUGCACGAGCGGGGACAUCAUCGGCGAGCUGAGCUGCCUGCUAAAGCAUGAGACGGAGUACAUGGCCAUCUGCGAGACCACCCUGCAGGCCUGCUUCAUCUCCCUGGAGGACCUGUUUGAGGGCUUCGACAUCUUCUGGCCAUCCCUGGAGUAUAAGCUGUGGCUCAAGCUGUCCCUGUCCAUCGCCUUCCAGUACUUUGAGUCGAGUCUCACAAACCUGGAUCUCAGCUUCGAGAAGUGCGUGCAGCAAAACCACGCCUACGUGGAGACGCUUUCCAGCUACAACGAGAUGGUCAUCGAUAACUUGAGCCUGAAGUUAGUCAUCAUCGUGUACGGCAGCGCCGUUGACACCAAGACGGGGGCGCACUAUCUGGCCCCCUGCAUCUUGCCGAAGACCUGCCAGCAGGUUCAGGGAACUUCAGAUGUCAACAAGUUUCUGAUGAUCCAAGACCUCCAAGUCCCCAAAGAGGGGAGGAAGCCCAAGAGCUUCUCCAAAGGUGAGGCGGGUCCUUUGGGGCAGGGUGUGGCUGCGGCCUCGCCCCCUCUCUGGGCCCACCCUGCUGCCAUGCUGGAUGGACCCUCCUCAGAACACGGGCGGGCCGCUCCCUGCCCCCGGCCUGCCCACCCCUCUUCCUCUGCUCCGUCCUGGGUGCUGCAGCACCCAUGCUGGGGAUGGGGUGACCGGGCGGCCCGAGCAGUGGGGUGAGACAUGUCGGCCCCAGUGUGGCCACCCCAGACAACCAGAGGGGCAGUAAGUGACCCCCGAGCAGCCUCGAGGGUUUCUUUAGGGCCGCCACUCUGCUCUCCCCUGUACGGCGGGACGCUCAGACCCCUGCUCUGCCCUAAGGCUGGAUUCAGUCCCUGCUUCCUCGGGCCUGGAUCUUCUUAUUCUAGUUUGCCACAUCCAGCAGGGCUCGGAGCUCGGACUCCCGGCUCUGCACUCAGCACUCACUCCUGGUGGUGCUCAGGGGACCCGAUGGGGGUGAUCCGGGAGCGACUCUGGGUCGGACCCGUGCAAGGCAAGCCCCUUCCCCCACUACAGUCUUUCUGGACUCCACACUUUGUUUUUUAAAAUACUGAAUUGUCAGGGGCUGGAGUGAUAGCAUAGCGGGUAGGGCGUUUGCCUUGCACGCGGCCGACCCGGGUUCGAAUCCCAGCAUCCCAUAUGGUCCCCCGAGCACCGCCAGGAGUAAUUCCUGAGUGCAUGAGCCAGGAGUAACCCCUGUGCAUUGCCGGGUGUGA